ACAGCAACAAAAAAUAUAGAAAAUACAGUGAAAAACACCACCCAUUUUUUGUAAUUGCAGACAAAUUGCAACGAAAUACAAAAUGUUUCGUACAAAUUUUGAUAAAAAUCUGGAUGGAGCCACAAGCCACCUAUUGUUGGAGCCUGAAUGGCCAUCGAUAAUGAUGUGCUGUGAUGCCAUUAAUCAAAAGGAUAUAGCACCCAAAAAUGCCUUUGCAGCCAUCAAAAAGAAACUGAACUCCACAAAUCCCCACACUGCCUACUAUGCUUGUCUGGUAUUGGAAUCAGUUGUGAAAAAUUGUGGUACACCAAUGCAUGAUGAAGUUUUUACCAAAGAAAAUUGCACUAUGUUGAGUCAAUUUUUGGAACAGACCACUCAUGAUAAUGUCCGGGCAAAAUUAUUGGAGUUGAUCCAGACAUGGGCAUAUGCAUUUCGCAAUUCCGAAAGAUAUCAAGCUAUAAAGGACACAAUGACCAUACUAAAGACCAAAGGCCAUCAAUUUCCCGAACUCAAGGAGGCUGAUGCCAUGUUUGCCAUGGAUACAGCACCCAAUUGGACAGAUGGUAAAAAAUGUCAUCGUUGUCGUGAUGAUUUUACCUUUACCAAUCGUAAACACCAUUGUCGCAAUUGUGGUCAGGUGUUUUGUGGCCAAUGUACAAGUAAAUCGUGUCCCCUACCCAAAUUUGGUAUUGAAAAGGAUGUCCGUGUCUGCGAUGGGUGUUAUGCCCAGUUGCAACGGCCCACAUCGGCUAAGGCCACUGGACGCCCAGGAGAAACCGAUUUACCAGCUGAAUAUUUAAACAGUUCUUUGGCCCAACAAGUUCAGACACCACCACGAAAAACCGAACAAGAAUUGAAGGAAGAAGAAGAAUUGCAAUUGGCAUUGGCUCUGAGUCAAUCGGAGGCAGAAAGUAAAAAGCAACAACAACAGCAGCAACAACAGACAAUUGCUGCCUAUCGUUUGCAACAACGUUCACCUAGUCCUGAAGCACCACCGGCACCCAAAGAACCCCAACCCGAAGAAACUAAUCCCGAUUUGGCCAAAUAUUUAAAUCGCAGCUAUUGGGAGCAACGUAAAGUUAGCGAUUCACCAAUGGCAAGCCCAUCGGCACCCAGCCCUAUGCCGGCAACACCACAACCCCAAGGGAUGAUGGGGCCACAGCAACAACAAACGCAAUCGCAACAGCAACCAUUGACUGCCAAUGACUUUCGUCCCAAAUCAACUGAUGAACAAAAAAUCGAUGAAUUUGCCGCCAAUAUGCGUGCCCAGGUGGAGAUAUUUGUUAAUCGCAUGAAAUCGAAUUCGAGUAGAGGUCGCAGCAUUGCCAACGACAGUUCGGUGCAAACCUUGUUUAUGACAUUGACCAAUUUACAUUCGCAACAGUUGUCGUUCAUCAAAGAGUUGGACGACAAACGGAUGUGGUAUGAACAGUUACAGGAUAAGUUGGCACAAAUCAAGGACUCACGAGCCGCCCUGGAUGAUCUACGAAAUGAACAUGCUGAAAAUUUGAGACGUAUGGCCGAAGAGCAGGAACGUCAACGACAGAUACAAAUGGCCCAGAAGUUGGAAAUAAUGCGCAAAAAGAAACAGGAAUAUCUGCAAUAUCAACGCCAGCUGGCACUGCAUCGUAUUCAGGAACAGGAACGGGAAAUGCAACUGCGUCAGGAACAACAAAUGGCCCAAUAUCGUAUGAAUCAGACAGCAUUUCCAUUUAUGCCCGCCAUGGCCGGCAUGCCGCCACAAGGGUCACCAUCUCAGCAGCCGCAACAUCUGGCGGGAAUUCAACCACCAGGUGUCUAUAAUCCAUACUCUCCUAGUGCCACAACAACAGCUGGAGCAGCCAUGGUGGGUGGUAUGCCUCCUUAUCAUACUACCCAGGCUGCGGCGGCUGCUAUGACGGGUAUGCAAUAUCCUAGUAUGCCACCUCAGGGUUUGCCACAGGCUGGUAAUAUGAUGAUGCAACAGCAGCAACCGGGGCCACUAAAUCAACCACAUGUCAUGCAAAAUCACAUGCCACAAGCUGGCGGCAUGAUGCCACAACCACAGCAGCAACAACAAUCUCAGCCACAUCAACCGCAACCAGGACCACCAAUGGCAGCAGGAGGAGAACCACAAUCACAGCAGCAACAACAACAACAACCUAUGCCCACACAUAACCAUCACGUUCCUCAGGUCAACAAUCAAAUACCAGUGACAAAUAACCAAGCCAUGCCGCAAGGACCAGGACCACAAUUAUCGGCGAUGAGAGGAGCACCUGUACCACAUCCACCCCACAUGGCUCAUGUUAUGCUGCAGCAACAACAACAUCUAAUGCAUGGCCAAUCACCCAUACCAAAUAUAGGAAAUUUACCAGGACCCCAAGCCAAUCCAAUGACCACCAUUUCUUCACCACAAAUCCAACAACAACAGCAGCAGCAACAGGUUGCUGCAUCUCUACCACCGCAGACACCCCAACAAGUUCCAGCCCCACAACCCCAACCACAAAUGCAACCACCACCACCACAAAUGCAGGCGGCCACACAAAUUCAAGCUGUACAAUCGGCCCCGGCACCUCCACAACAUGAACCCGAACCAGCAGCACCACCAGCACAUGAAGAACCGGCCACUGCCGAAUUGAUUAGUUUCGAUUAA